AUGGAUUUCAGCCAGGUACCGGUCUUUUCUGCUCUCGUCGCAGCAAGACUCUGUCUUGCGCUGUCUCCUUUACCGGUAGACCAGGUUUACAAGUUAGCUAACUCGCCCGCAGUGCAAGAAGGCGUAUAUUUGCUUCAGCAUGGUCUUGAUCCUUACUAUGAGGGUGCUGUUCGUCAUUCUCCCCUAUUACUAUCGCUGUUCUCUACAGUCCUUCCUCUCACGACACUUACCGCUCCAUUACUCUGGACGGCGUGUGACGCAGUAUCCGCAUGGGCAUUAGUCAACAUAUGGAGAGCCCGAUUGAACGUAUCCCACAGUUCAAGGGAUGCCCUGGUGGCCGCCUCGUACCUGCUAAAUCCAUAUAUUGUGAUGCCAUCGCUAGCGCUGUCUACCUCAAGUUAUGAAAAUGCUCUGUGCCUUCUUGCGCUUCUGUUUGCUUGCCGAGGCCAGCGAUCAAUGUCAUUGCUCACAUUCGCAUUCCUUGUUCAACUGUCCCUCUCUACUGUUCACCUGGUUAUUCCUUUGAUGCUCUUGAUUGUAACGGGACCAGUGUCGCGUUUGGCAUCACCGCAACCUCUCGAUACAGACAAGAUCAAGCUCUUGCCGCCGCUAGCUGCAGAAUUCAUACUGUACUCAUUGUUUCUGACUCUGGCGGCAACCAUAAGUUCAGGUAGUUGUGCAUGGAUUGAACAGUCAUGGAUGGCCCCGUUCCUGUUACCUGAUUUAACUCCAAAUACAGGUCUCUGGUGGUAUUACUUCACCGAAAUGUUUGAUCACUUUAGACCAUUCUUUUUGAUGGUAUUUUCGGUACACUUAUUCAUCUACGUUAUCCCAAUUUGCCUCAAGUUUCAGCAUGAUAUACUCUAUGGAUGGUAUCUCCUUCUCGGAGUAUUCGCCACCUUCAAAUCCUAUCCUACGCUUUCAGAUCCAGGCUUAUUCAUAAGCAUGAUAUCGGUGUUUCCCGAAGUAUUCCCCUACUUGUCCUAUUCAGUCAUCACAGGUCUCCUGCAUCUUCAUGCAUCUCUCCUGUUACCACUUUUUCAUUCUCUCUGGUUGACACAAGGCACAGGCAAUGCAAAUUUCUUCUAUGCGUCGACACUAGUCUUCGGCAUGGCGAAUGGAGGGGUUCUUUUGGACUCUAUACGAGCAGGGUUGCGUAUAGCCAUGGGUGAAUUAAAAUACGACCAUGAUGUAGUCCAAGAAUAG